AUGAACUCUUUGUAUGGUCUCGUUUCAUCCUUUUGGACAUCAGCAGCUCCCACAUCCGAUGCUGUGACCAAUAUCAUUUCCAUCCGACCUGAAUAUACUCAAGAUAAUAUUAAAUUGGAGCGAUCAACGAUUUAUCCAAAUGAAUGGGAUCACGUUCAACUAUGUAACUUUUUAUACUGCUCAUCGGAAGAUGCGGAUGGUGAAAAUAAUUAUAUUCAAUUUGAUCAUGAUGCAUUGAUUGCUUGGAAUAAUAUUAUUGACAAAAUAUUUGAGAAGAAAAUUGUGGCUUCUCAAUUUUUCAGAUCGGUCGGAGACGAGGAUGCGGAAUUAGAAUUGUCACAACUCUUGGAAUGUAGUGUAGAGGAUGUUCGAAAAAUUAGUGGCAUGUUAUUAAGGCAGGGAACUUUAAUGGAAGGGUACAUGUAA